GAGGGGGGAGAGGGGCCUAAACAAAGUAAAUCAGAAUUUGGUAUCCGUUACUUUAUAGGGACUAGGUCGUUAUUACUAUAUCCCGUAACCAAAAUAACCUCUACAAAUAAUUGAUUAUACGAAAAAUGUUUCUUCAAAACCGUUUUCUAAAAUAUAAUGGUUUCUAUUUUGCAUUUUAUUAUAUACGAUUUAUACCAAAACUUAAUCUGUAUCUCCACUGAAUCGGCUUAGGUUAUCCAUUUUGUCCAGUACCAAAAUGAUUACAUUAAGCGGUGACCAAUAUAAAAUUAAAAUACCAAUUGUCAAAUUUGGUUCUUUAGAGUCGGCAAAAUUCACUCCUAACCCUUACUCCUCCCCCCCUUAAAAUAAACCCUAAAAUUGCCUCUGUCUAUGUACUGGUACUAGUGGGCUAAAAGAAUGAUGAUAAAAGGAGUUCUGUACUUAAAUUUAGCAACCUAAAAUGGAUAAAAAUGUUUUGAAAAAAAAACCACUAAGGUAGGUGUACAGACGUCGUACAGUUCAUCAUCUGGCCGUUCAUUAGUUAUUGCUAUCAAAUUCAAGGACACAUUGGCCAAAUGUCAUGACGAUAUGCUUGUAUUUAUUUAUUUUUUUAACUUUCAAUUCAUGUAUUGACUACAUUAUUCAAUGUAAUACGUUUUAUUAUAUACUUGUUCAUAUUUUAUUAUAGUUCGUAAUGUUGCAUUUUAUAAUAAAAGUAAUGUUAACAAUGGUUGUUCAAUUAGCUUUAUUAUUCCGGCUAAUAACUGGGCAAUAUAGGUUGAAUGUUGUAACAAAUCCAUUCAGAAAGACAAAAUACCAUUUGGAUCUAGAUGAAUUUUUAAAUAUUUAUGACGAUAACGAAGACUCAAUUCAAUCCUUACAUCCAAAUCAUGAGUCCACCGAGAAUGUGGUUAAAUUAUCAAAUGUGCCGUCUCCUCCAGUUGGCAUAAUUGGAUUUAUUAAACGCGGAUACGUCUUCCACAAGGAGGAAGAAGAAAAAAAAUAUGAUUUGAAAUUCAUUGAAGCGUCAAAGAUGAUCGAUCUUUUCUUGGAGUAUGAUGUGGAUGAUUCAAAAACGCUAGUCCCGACUCCGUAGCACGGCAUUGUGUGGCGGGGAGUAGCGAGGAAUGGCAGCGAGUGGCAUGGAUAAACAAGGACAAGUCCGAUUUUUCACAUAUUUUGUUCAUUUUUAGUUAGUAAAAAUAAAGCCAAACUAAAUGUUGACUUGAAUUUUUUUUAUUCUUAGUCAAUCGUUAUUUAGUUAAUACUAUUGUCUAUUCGUAAACAUAAUCAUGAGUGGAUGCUACACCCACAUACUUGUUGUCCCCGUUCCAAAAGUAAAACUAUAUAAUUAAAAAGUAGCAUCCACGGUUAGGUUGUUGUACCUAUGUUGUUCCUAAAUCAUAAUUUAAUUAAUAUAAUUCUUUAUCAUGUGUCAUCGGCCUCCCCAUUUGAGCACCACACUGCAGUCCACAGGUCUUAUAAUCUAUACCUAGGUAUGUAGUGGGUACCUCGGUAUUUAUAACUCUGGUUUCUCUAAGUUUCUGUAAAUCGAUUUUUUUUUCUUGGUCUCUUGAAACUUCGAGGUACCGAAGUUCGAACUGUAUAGGUAUCUAAU